CUUCCUGAGUUUACUGAGCCAUCGCGGAAGUCGUAUAUCAUCAAUGCCAUUAAUACCGCCUAUCAAGCUACUCACGGAAAUGAUAUACCAGGGGUCUUUGUGAAAGGGGUGGAUUUCGAAGCUCAAGUAUCGGAGUUGGAGAAAAUAAUGGAAAAGGCUUUGGAAGAUGAUGAUUGGACCUUGUUGUUUUCAAACUCACGACAUUUUGUCAAGACUGACAUCGAUGCUUCUGGAGAAGAGGUAUGGGUGACUUCAGGUGGUGGCUUUGAACGAAGCGUAUUGCUUCUCCUCUUCCAGAAAUACUUUGAAAAACGGUUUGAAGAACUAUGCACACCACUUAUCGACUGUUAUUAUACCCUCUCAACCGUCCCCAUGUCCUCUACAACACCCAUAUCUGAGACCAAACGUCGGGAUUUGGGACUAUUUGGUGCAACCGUGGCCCUAGCCCUGGUUAACGGUUACCUUCCAGAGAAGCUCAAUCCGCUUCUGCUAGUGUAUUUUCUCUCAGACUGCCAGUUUGAGUGUCUAAAUAGGACUGCAGUCAUGGAUCUUUUCCCGGAACUCGGAAAUGCCAUACAGACUUCCGCUCUGACCAAUCGUACAAAAGAAAUGCACAACUCUAUUGCCCAUCAUAUGCUUCACAAUGCCAUUAUUGGCCCGGCUGAAAUAAAUCAUCCAUACUUCCAGGCUUUUAUAAAGGGAUUCAGACUUUCCUGCAAAAACCACUAUACCUUACCACAGGCAAGUCUUAUCGUUGUGGGAGAACACACACUUAAUUAUUGCGUCAUAGAUUUCCCGCAGCUUUGCAGGAGGUUCCUAUGA